AUGGUUCAUAAGACUGAUCAUACAGUUCAUAAGACUGAUCAUACAGUUCCUAAGACUGAUCAUACAGUUCAUAAGACUGAUCAUACAGUUCAUAAGACUGAUCAUACAGUUCAUAAGACUGAUCAUACAGUUCAUAAGACUGAUCAUACAGUUCAUAAGACUGAUCAUAUGGUUCAUAAGACUGAUCAUACAGUUCCUAAGACUGAUCAUACAGUUCAUAAGACUGAUCAUACACAUAUCAAAGGAAUAAUUUGUAAAAAUAAGGUAGAUAAUUCUUCUGCAUCAUUAUUUAUUUUUAUAGCUUACUUCGCAGGUCUUCGAGGUUUCCAACAGAUAACAGAUAAUCUAACCAAACCAAACCAAACCAACGACUACCAUUCAACUACCAAUCAACAAGAAAGAUCAGAACGAGUUUGGAAGAAUGAAGGAGACCGAGUAACUCACGCCACACCAUCCAGGGCCGAGUUUCACCGCCAUGUCAUUCGACCCGACCAGAUCUAA